GUAACCUCAAAACCUCUUCUUUUCCAAUUUCUCUCAUAUUUUUAACAAAAUCCAAUCUAAUCACAAAAAAAAAAAAAAAAAACUAUAUAUAUAUAUAUAUAUGUAAAUAUGUGCUUUGAAUUUUCGUUUCAAAACCGUGCUUAUCCAUUUUGAUUCACUGGAAAGGAAAUAUAUUUUUUCUUUUGUUAAAUAAAAAUAAACAGAGAAAAUUUUGUGGGAAUUUUCUCUCUUUUUCUAUCCCUCCAAACACCCCCCACAGGAAUCUAAUACUUGUUCUAGGAGAUGGGGGGUUACAGAGCAGACGACGAUUAUGAUUACCUUUUCAAGGUGGUGCUGAUCGGUGAUUCGGGUGUUGGCAAAUCGAACCUCUUGUCCAGGUUCACCCGGAACGAGUUCAGCCUUGAAUCAAAGUCCACCAUUGGGGUCGAGUUCGCUACCAGGAGCAUUCGGGUCGAUGAUAAGGUUGUCAAGGCCCAGAUUUGGGACACCGCCGGACAAGAAAGGUAUCGUGCAAUCACAAGUGCAUACUAUCGAGGUGCUGUUGGUGCUUUGCUAGUCUAUGACGUUACCCGCCAUGUUACAUUUGAAAAUGUGGAAAGAUGGCUGAAGGAGCUUAGGGAUCACACAGAUGCCAACAUCGUGAUCAUGCUUGUUGGAAACAAGGCUGACUUGCGUCACUUGAGAGCAGUUUCAACUGAAGAUGCCAAAUCUUUUGCUGAACGAGAGAACACCUUUUUCAUGGAAACAUCUGCGCUUGAGUCCUUGAAUGUUGAGGAUGCAUUCACAGAAGUAUUGACCCAAAUCUAUCGUGUUGUAAGCAGGAAGGCCCUUGACAUUGGGGAGGACCCAGCAGCGUUGCCCAAAGGACAGACUAUCAAUGUUGGAACCAAGGAUGAUGUAUCAGCAGUGAAGAAAGUUGGAUGUUGCUCCACGUAAUUACGACUCAAAAGGUUUAAAUUUGUUGAUGUUGCAGGCCAUAUGUCUAUAUAGAGGUUGACCUUGAUUCCAUGGAAAUGCUACUUCAACUGAAAAUGAGCUGUCCGAAUGUUGUGCUUUGAAUACUCGAAAACUUGUCUACGUUAGCUGAAAGAUGUAGUAGGAUUAUGAAAUAUGUGCCAAGUUCUUUCUUUGAUGCAAUUUGAACUACCUUCUUCACCCUUUGUGUAUUCAUGUUACUCUUCUUUCUUACAUUAAGUUUGAUUACAUUAA